AUGUCUACUGCAUCAGAGAAGGAGCAGUACCCAGAACCUUCCGCAACUGCAUGCGGGACAAGAAGCUUUCGGCGGAGAAAAAUAGUACCCACUGUGGUGGCGAAAAAAAUCGCUAACAACAACACAAAGAACACGGCAAAAAUUGUAUCAUCCAAGGAAAAUGCUAAGAAUGUCCCUAACAACGAGGAAACCAGUGCCGGUAUGAAAGAAGCAUCCGAAACGGAGCCACAAUCCGAACAACCGAGAGAAGCUCCAGCAGACGUAGCGUUGCCCAAACCCAUACUGCAAGCGGAAGAAUCGAAAGGUGUAAAAAUGCCGGAUGCACAGAAAGAUAAUGCCACCUUCAAACCGGCUGCCGCAUUCCGGCGGAUAAAGCCAAAGGUGGUAAUACCGCAAACACAGAAGCCGGCUAAAUCUAUUUUGAAAAAUUCCACCACUCCGGUGAAGGGAAGCGUUAAUAAUGCCGAAAGUUCGAAUGAGACGUCACCUAGACAAGAUCCCGAAUUCAGUUUACAUCCGGACGAAGCAACUACGGCUGAUGAUCAUCCAAUGCAAAAGCCCGUAUGCGAAGAAUCGGAGAAGUGGAAACAACAUGCAGAACCAGAACCAAUCCAAACGACACGCAAGAAAGAAAAUGAUUCUGAAUUGUGCAAAACUGAUGCUGCUGUGGUCAGUUCCACUACCGAUGAUGUUGCCAAAGGAGAGGAAGUAAAAGAGUGUCUCGAUGUACAAAACGCUACGGCUUUGGAAGCGAAACAAUUGAGUAGUUCCUUGACGACUAAUGUUACACCGGUUUCCAUUCCGACCACUCAAGAUACAACCAGGCAACACAGUUCCGAUGCACUUACAAAACCCGAAUGCACUCCCAGCAAUGCAAGUGCUGUUACUAAAACCAUCAAGCGUACCAUUAGCUUGGGCACACUGACGCCUGCAAUAGCGAAUUUACUAAAGAAAAGUCUCGGUAAGAAAGCAUCCAAAGGUACUAAAGCAUUGCCUCCUGCUAAUGACAAACCAGUGAAUGUAUCGCAGCAAUCGAACCCAUCACAGCAACAAACGAGCGAAAGUUUGAUCGCAAAUGCAGCACAAGCGAAUCAAACAGAGUCCGAUAAGCCGUCCACUGAUAGCACCGUUUCCGGUUCAACAGCAGAACACCUAUUGCCGCCGGUGCUUGAAAACCCUGUCGAUGAUAUGGUAUCUAAAGAAACCACCACCAUUACGAAGGCGGCACCAUCUCCCGUAAAAUCGCAGCCUACUCCUCCAAAACUGCCCGACGGUGGUCCGGUUAGCGGAAUUAAAAAAAUACAAAAGGUACACCAACUUACGGCCGAACAGCAGCGGUUGGUACUGAACAGUUUAAAGAAAGGUAAAGGCAAACGGUCGGCGAAGAUGCCAGACGCUGCUUCGGUUACACCGGGUAGUAUUGUGGUUGCGUCUCACGGGUCUAUCGAAAGUAUUCCAAAUGUUCCAGUGUCCAGCGUACCGAAGGACGACCCCAGGGUAAAUAUUAUUUCAAACAUAAUUUUGCCCCGUCUUACCGUAGGCACACAGCAGAACACGCUUAGCGCGUCCGAUGGUCCCGUCGCCGUUCCUAUUACAUCCAACUGUAGCUCAUCCACAGCUGUACCGACAUCACCAGCACAGCAACUUACGAGAUUUGUGACACAAAUCUCGCCUACAGCCACAGUCCCGUCGAAUAAUUCCAACCAGUACCCAAAACUGUUCAUUUGCCAUAAGCCUGCAGCAACUGCAGCACCGUUCCCUAUUUCCGUGGAUCCAGCUGAAGCAAGGCAACAGUUGAUUCAACCUACCGUUAGUGUCACCGUGCUAUCGAAAACGAACCACACGAUGCCCGGUUAUCCGAGCUUAGGUCACUCCGUACCGACGAGACCCUACAUGCUACCCAUACCAGUGGUAACCGUUCGGCCAACCUCCCCGAAAACUUAUGGAAAUUCUUCGCCAGCCGCGCUACCCAAACCAAUCGUUUCGGUAACCGUUUCGCCUAUGAACAGCAGCAAUUCAACGGCCAACACGAUGAACGUACCGGUUGAUCCUCGCAUCGUGCCCAAGAUUGUAAUCACCCAUGACACCGCUGACCACGACAGUCAAUCUUCGCUCGCUUCUACCUCAUCGUCAUCUUCGUCGGGUCAAAACACACCCGCACCAAAGAAGCAAACGGACGAUCGUCCCUUGGUCCUCUCUACGGCUAAAGAUCAUGCUCCUACUGAAACGUCUUGCUGCUCACCCAGUACUCGCGACAAAUUGCGUGCAAAGUCAUUGCAAAAUUUAUGGAGAAAAAACGAAGGCAAGUCGGGCAUGGAGUAUACGUCAAUGUAUCCAUACUAUUCUCCUCAUGUACAGCAAUCGAAUACGGGAAUGCAGAUGUCGAUGGGAAACGACGAUACUGAAGUGAGCCGUACGUAUGUACAGCAAUUAAAUUUGCAGAAAGAAAACAAUGAAGCGUACCCGCGACACCUGAGCAUAAUGGAACGGGUUAAGCAAUCCUUGCCGAAGAUGGAAACGACCAAAAGUACAACUAUCGAGCCGACUCCAAGUGUGGUGUCUCAACGUGCAGCGGACAACCAUGUUCCACUGAAAGCACCCACCGUCAGUGAUUACGUUCCGCAACCAGUCAAAUGUUGCGUGCGAGCAAGUGUACCGGAAAACAAUGAAUUUUUAGGUUUUUCUGCUUUGUCCAUUGAAUGCGAGGAACGAGAUUUUCAGAACCGGGUGCGGACGAUUGAUUUUGUGCUGGAAGAGCAACGCAAAUCCUGCGCAAAAGGUGCGAUCAACAAUGAAGAAGCAAUAGAAAAAAUCGAAACGAAUGCGACUACGACUCAAGAAAGCAAACGUAUAUCUACACCACCAGCGUCAAUUGCGGAAGUUACAGAAAAGCUGGGAGAAGAAUCUGUUGCCAAAACCGAUGCAACGAUAUGUGCAACUUUAGACACUGUUGCUAAUGAUCAGAACCGAACGGAUUCUACAGAUGAGGCCCAUGCAAAUGUAAAGAGUGCAGAUACUAAUCCCUCGUCAUUUCGCGAUGAAAGUGGCAUUUUUACUCGAAAGAUAGAAGAACCUCAAGCAGAACUUUUGCAGAAUGACGAUGUUGCUGUUAAGAAUGUACCCAUGCAGCUCUCUGCUCCAUCGGAAACGGUUUUGAAAGAGAGCGCUAUCGCUGAAGAGAUUGACAAGGAGCAAGAAAUGCACUCUGAAGUCGCGGAAAAUGAAAAUCCUACGGGCAGGGAAGAACCAAACGCACAGCAGGAAAGCGUUGCUACUCGAUCAGACGAAGUGCUGGAAGAAGUGCCUGAUGUUGCUGCUAGUGAUGGCACAAGUGAAGCUGAAAAUACCCUCGAUCCGGAACCGGAAACAAUGAUGAAGGAAGGGGAAGAUCCAGACAUACCUGUACCAGAUCUGAUUGAUAAGACAGCGACCGGUGUCGAUAUUAUCAUGGCAAUGGCAAAAUUAAGGCGUGAAAACCGUGUUUUGUCGUUGGAUGAUGUAUCCGAUCGGGAGCUUAGUGGCUGGAUGGAGCAGCCGAUUGGUACAGGCACGAACCCAACGCUGCCAUCCACCUCUGCUGGGCAACUCACGGGUAAAAAGAGCAGGAAAAGGCGAAAGAAGAAAAGGAAAGACAAAUUUGUACAACUGUUGCUUAAGCACGUAAACUAUGAUGCCCUUAUAGAGGAUUUGGUGCAACAAGAGAAGCGUCGCUACAACUAUAAGUCAUCAUCAGACGAGGAAGAGCGUACCAUUUCACCUUUGCAACGAUACAUCCGGGAGCGGGAACGUGAACAACCGGUGGCGAUCGUAGAAUAUGACAAUCCGGUAUCGUCUCCAGCGAUAUCAUCGGAGGACGACGAAUCAUUAGUAGAAGAAACGAUUUUAAGUCGCAUUCUUAACAAACGCAGCUACGCGACCGCUGCGACGACUUCCUUUUGUGCCACCGACCGGCCGGUCGACAAUUUGGCAGAAUGUAGCAACACACCGCAAAAAGCAAUCUGUUCCGGUAGUACAACGUCACACGAUGUACCAGAUGACCAAAGAGAUGACGUACAACGCACGAGCAUCUGUGAUACAGCUGCAGAAAACGAUGCAGCAGAGAUUAAGAAAGCGCAACCGUUACGGGGCUUUUCCGAUGUUGAAAUGGUGCUCAUAGAUCCUUUGCCGCAACGUGCAGAUGUUUGCAGUGGGCAACGCAAUAAAAGCUGUGAUAUAAGUGAAACGAAUGCCGCAAUCUGUGAUACACCAAGCGAUACUGUAGUGGAAAAGGCAUCCAUCGAAGCAAAUCCUUCACCAUCGAAGGUCAUCGAAACGAGCAAUACUCAAGCACAAUUUCAACGCCGUACGCGGAGUACGGGUUUGAAACGCGUCCGAAGUAGCCGAAAACGACCGGCUAGACGUUUAGCGAACAAAGUGGUUCCAUGUACGAACAAACGAAAGAGACCAAAUUACCUCAUGACUGCUCCUCCUCGUCCGGUCGAGAUGCCACUGUUCGAUAGUUCGGAUGCAUCGAACAACGACGAGGUAGUUUCCGACUGUUCAUCCGGUGGUUUAUCUACUGGGGAAGCGGUGGCCAACAGUAGUACGCGGAAAACACUCCCAGCUAGGAAGUGUAACGCGAACACUGGAAAUGUUCUGCCGGGUGUAACAAGUGCCACAUUGACGCGGUCGGGCAGGAGUAGGAACAACGGAAGACGGCAGUCUAGCAGUAGCAACAGCAUCAGUAGCAGCACCAGAAACCAUAGCCUUAGCUGUGACGGUGAUCUUUCCUCUAGCGAUGAUACGAAACCCGACAGGAGGCGUACAUUGCGCCGAAAGAGACGUCCGGUACGGUAUGGUAUGAGCGGUAACCGUGCACCGGUGAAGAAGGGUACCGUCGAUUGUGACACCAAACGUUCAAUGUCCGCUACCACUAGCAGUAAGACUAGCAAUAUACGCUCUCAUUUGCCCACUGUUUCCAAACCUUCCAAAGCUUCCAACCUAGAUGCACAGUAUGUGAUCACAGAGGGUGCCAGCGAGUCGGCGAAGGCACCGCCACGCGUACUGGAUGUUAUCAACGUGCGGAACAAUCGUGUGCUGUCAUCUACCGCUAGGGCAACGCGUACCACGAAGAUACCGCCAGAACCACCAGAAGUACCUGGGAAGGAUGGGCCGAAAAGCGAUGAGCCUAACCGAUCGGCCAAAUCAAACCAAACGGGGGACACGAUCAGUGAAGGAUUUAUCACCCCAGCCAGCAUCACGGAACAAUCUUCAACGGCGAACGAGAAAGAUCCAGCAGCGCAAUCGCAAUCCGAUGGCGGACCCGUCAGCUCCGAACCGAUGGAUGGCACGACGGAAUUUGAUAAUCAAAUCGUCAAGUGUGGCAACUGUGGUAAGGAAAUGCUUCAGUCUGGCUGGCAAGAACACUGUACCGUUCACAAUGGGGCAACAUUUCGCGACGGUAUCGAUUUUGCGUUUGACAUGAAGGAUCUGAAAGCGGUAUCGACAGCGAUAGCACGAUUCAUGAAGCUUAACCGACGUGCCGAGGUGGCUUGCGAACGAUGUGGGACGGUAAAAAAGUCGGGCCUCGGGAUGGCAUCCCAUAUGAACCAGUGUGGCCUAUCGGCGCAGGAGCUAGAGCAGUCCAAGGCGAGCUGUUCGCAUUGCGGGCGGAAGAUGAAAGCGGUCAGCUUGCUGGCACACCAGCAGCUACACUGCCGGGUAAUCAAGGAACAAAAGCGCCAGAUUGCCUUAACUAUUCCGAGCGAGGAGGAGAUUGCGAUAUCCAAAGAGACGACGACCGCAAGUGGACGAAAGAAACGGAAAUCGGUCGCAAGCGCUGAGCGGAAGAUUAAAACGAUGGCCAAAGAAAUAAAUGAAGAACUAAACGUGGAGCUGGUGCUGGAAAUAUACGGUCGCGGAGUUAGCAGCGCCAUCAUGCAAUGUUGGAUGUCCCAUCUGAAACAGUCGAGCGAAGCCGUCUGCGCAUACGUUGGUUGCCCGUUCUUUGGCAUGACGUCGGAACACAUGCGUACGGAGUACAGUGAUGUUGGAACCAAUCCGAAACCACUGUACCAGUGUGCCAAAUGUGCGUACAUGGCAACGGCGCAGAAACCAAUCUACGACCACCUAGCCGUUGUUCAUCCGCAAACGCUACGAAGGGUUGCCGAAGAGCAGCGAUCGUAUUCGAGCUGUGCCAGUGAUGCCGAUUCCGAUGUGUUUAUGGCCAGCGGUGCUAGUGGGGCCGACGAUACUUACAGCAGUAGUGCGCUGGAGGAUGAGGAUGAAGGUGGUAAAUCGAAAAAGGGCAAGGGCAGGAAGCAAACCGGUGGGUCAAACAAAUCCAAAGCGAAGAAGAAUAGCGAAAACCCGAAGGGGAAUAGCAAAAAGAGCGCAGCAAAGCAGACAGUAAAUAGGGCGAUCUCAUCGGAGUUGAUGGAUUCCACAAUGACAACCGGCGGCACGGAGGAAACGGAAGUGUACAAAGAAAUGGUGCUUCAGGAGUCGAUCGAAUUAAAGCAGGGUAAGGGCAACUUUCACCUCACGACCGUAAGCUGGAUGCAAGAAUAUCGGCGGGAACAUUAUGCAGCUCCGCUGCUGUUCUGUGAGUUGCGGCCGGAUGUGGAUACAUCGUACCUGCGCUCAAUCACCAAUGUGCGGGACUAUCUCCCAAAAGCCACGCACUCGAUGCGUUACGUGCAGUGCAACUCGAAGGAGUACGAACCCUCGUACGAGCCGGAAAUGUUUGCAAACCGAUGGCAACAGAAGAACACAUUCGACGGUGAAGCGCUUGGCUGUGAAUCGAUGUUCUACUGUGGCGGUCCGGUUGUAUCACUCGAUUGGUUACCAUUGCCGGACGAUUGCGAGAACGAUUGUGAUCAAUACCUGGCGGUAGCUUGUAAGCACAGCUAUGAUGAGUAUUACAACGGUGAGGAACUGGCAGUGCCACGCUCGAGCAAGUGCCUAGUACAGAUCUGGAACGUUGGUCCGAUACAAAACCUUGGCUCGACGAAGGUUACACUUCGCUGCCCACGAUUAGCGUUCGCCAUUGCGUGUGACUACGGCCCCAUCUGGCAGGUAGCCUUCUGUCCCAGUGGUUGCUACAAUGAUCCUGCCCAGGGAGACGUUAUGGACCGGUUAGGUCUGCUCGCGGUAGCCGGUUCCGAUGGAGACGUCCAUCUGUACGCGUUGAGUCGUAGUAUGGUCGGUGCGGAAACUAGUACAACGCCUCGAAUUUUACACCUCCGGCCGGUGCUACUCCUAUCGCUUACCAUGGCUGCUGCACCACAAGACCAGCCUGCUGCAGAUUUUACCGGCCGAAGUGUGGUACGCAUUGCGUGGACCCGGGAAAAGGGACACAACGUGUUGGCGGCCGGCUACUCGAAUGGUGUCGUCGCGGUGUGGAACCUGGCCGCCACGUCACCAUUGCUCUGCGGGAAAAAACAUGGCAUCCGAACGUUGCUCCCGGUGCACAAGAUACUGCAUUCGAGCAGCGGAUGCAUCACGGCGAUGGAUCUCCAUUACAGUACCGGCUCAAGGUAUCUGGUCGUGUGUAAUGCCGAUCGGCGGAUGAAGGUGUACGAUCUGCGGAGCAGCCUCUACCAACCGCAGGAAUCGUUGAGUAUGGUAAUGCGCAGCCGAGUCUCAUCGAUACGCUGGCUGCUACACUUCCCGGUGCUGGUGAUCGCGUACGACGAUGCGCUGUACAUCGAUCGGUGUGCGUACAGCACGCAUCAGCCGCGCGAUAUCGGGCUGCGCAUGUUUAGCAUAUUUACGGUGGGCACUGAAAUGACCGAUCUGGGCACGAAUGAUUGGUGCAGCAUGAAUGCGGUUGCGACCAGUGGCGGUGAUUUGGUAUGUCACCGUCCGGUGCCGUUCGUGUACGGCAUGAACUACAAAAAGUUAGCACAGAUUUUAACGACGACAAUCCCGAUGAAGAUAAACGCGAUCGACGAUUCUGCUGAUGUUUCGCGUUACAAAGUAUUCUCCGAAGAAUAUGGUCUCCUAUUUUCCGACACUGAUAAGGUCCCCACCGCUAUGGAUACGGCGGCACUGCAUCUGAAAACGUGGCGUCGCGCCAAGUUCAGUCACUAUCCCGCUGUCCGGCUAAAUCAGAUCCGCUGGAAUCCGAACAGUUUCUCGUACACGUACUAUGCCAUCGGCUACCAGGCAGGAUUUGUGCGCGUCCGGGUACUACGGUCGUAGGGCGCCCGGGUCUCCUAUGUUUGUCGCUGCAAUCGGCGAUGCCAUUCCAAUGCAUUAUGUAAUUUAAUUUUAAUAACAGAAGGUGUUUCUGCCGUAUGUAAGUUUACGCUAUUGGGUGUGAAGGAUUUACUUUGCAGUUUGAACGAAAAUAAAAGCAUGAUUCGAUUCAUUACAAGAUUUUUUUCU